UAUACCUAUAUAUAUAUAAAGAGCUGUGCGACGUCAGGUCACGAUGUCAACGUUAAGGUUAGGUAUACUUGCAUUGAAGCAUUUGAAGCUAUACGCACGUGGACGUCGAAAAAAUGUUUGUUGUUAUACAAAGGAACGCGAUCAAGUAAUAAAUCCGAUUGUUGAAUAAAAAGGUCAUUUAACGCGAUGUUUUCGCAAUCCCAAAAUGUGCAAAGAUGCGCACUGUGCAACGGCACAAAUUUUUAUAAAGAAGCUGGAUACUAUUUCUGCAGUACAUGUCAAACACAAAACGACGAUAUCAGAGAAGAGGUGCUCGAAACUCGGUACGAUCUCACUACCAGACUCCGGAAAACAAAGAUCAGGAUUGACAAAUCUGAAAAGACUGAUAUCAUUGGAUGGACGAGUUGGGAGUUGUACAAUUUUGUUCUUAUUGGUAUAACCAAUGAACUAAUAGAAAUUGGUGCACAUCCUGAUGUAAAGUUGACAAUUUUGCAACUGUGGACGUACUACCUGACAAAGCUGGAGGUAGCAUUCACAUCGAGAACCAAGAAAUGUAUCCCAAAAAUGGCAAGGCGCUAUCACAAAAAGGAUGCAGAAAUUAUUUACGGCAAAAUACAGCAGAAGAAAAAGAAGAAGAGAAAAAAAACUAGCAAUGCCAGUGCUUCCUCUAUGAUAUCCAGUUAUGCUAGUCAAGGAAGUAGCUCUGUUAGAGAACUGAAUAAGAGUAAAAGACUUCUAGUCAAAUCAGAAUACAAUAAGUAUUUGCAAAGUCAAGCCAGCUCUGAUACCGAUGGCUUCAGCUCCUUGAAUCAAAGUUUGUACAGCUUGAAAUCCAGUAUCAGUAGUCAACAGUCUAGCAAUAAUAUCAGGAUACGUUUUAAUAAAAAAGCAAAACUUGAAACAAGGAAAGUAAGGGCAUUGUCAAAGAAUGUACCUCGUGCCAAGAGAAUGAAUUAUAGAAAGAAACAUGUCACCACACAGUAUGCAUCUGGACCUAAUAUUAUUACUCCAUUAAAACUCUGGUCAAUCAUUUACUUAGCUUUAAGAAUCAAUAACCAGGAUAUACACCUUUCUGAUAUGCUGAGGUUCGGUAGGGAAGGACAUCUUUCGUAUUAUACACUAGCUCAUCUGCUGCCUCCAGAGAUAACGCUGACUAAAACUGAUGUCAAUCUCUUAACUCAAACUACAGACAUAACGCAUAAAGGUUUAAGAAGAAAUACUGCAAGCAUUGCGAAAUUUUUGAAUGUAUACGAUUUUUCUAAACCCAAUUUUCUCAGUUUAAUAAGAAGAUACUGUGAGGACCUCGAACUACCAAGGGGUAUCUUCAUAUAUGCAGAAAGGAUUUUCCUGUCGUCCCCAUCAGUUAUGAAUUUCACAGCAAAGUCAGCUCUGAUUCCCAACUAUGAAGGCAGAGCAAUGGCUUAUAUCAUAGUUGCUUUAAAAAUUCUGUAUGGUCUGGAUGACAUAACGGAAAAAGAGAUAAGUCGGCUAGUAGACAAAAUAAACAAGACAGCAGCUGAAAAGCAUAUCCUAACUGCAAAACUGUUCAGUUUCUGCGAGUGGCAGAGAUACCUCGAAUGCCGAAAAAGUGCUCUCGUAAAAGUGCACUACCCAUCGAAAAUAAAAUACGACCCAGAAUGUCCAUGGACUUCCCACUUGUAUCUCAGAUUUAUGGGCUUGAUGAAAUCCAAGCGAGACGCCGAGUCCCCUGAAAUCACGAACUUCAAACACGUCCUAUCGCAGAAUCUCGUAGAUGCCAUGUAUCAAUGCAUAGACAGACUGAAUGAUAAUUCAGUACCCCUAAAGGAAAUGGAGAUGUUUUCUCCGUCCUUUACCCCGUUCCGAUCGUACAUAACUCAACUUUUGGACAAUCCACAUUAUGACAUGCCUAGCACAUUGAGAACAAAUUUUUACGAGUCGAAAAUUGGAUACGUAACAAAACCUGAUUCGCUCGUCGAUUUAGCAGCUCAGUGCGGAAUAAAGCUUGACGUGGUCGAUCGCAGCCUGCAGUAUUUUGAGAAGAUAGUUCCGCCGUUUGAGCAGCCCAGAAUGCCAAGUUUGCGAGAGCUGGUCGAACUCGUAAACGUGGAAACUCCGAGCGCGGAAGAACAGAAUUUACCAAAGACUGAGAAUUUACUAGACUAUUCCCACAGGAAUCGGCCUUGUAAAUUAAAAUUGAAUUUCGAAAGUUUCAAACAUUAUUCUUCGGUUCGCAACAAGCCUCCGGAAAUCGACGAUACUUUGGAUUUCGAAGAGGACAGUUGCUUCGAUAAGAUUUUACCCGAUGGACGACUCGACAUUCCAGAGGACUCCGAUUCCGAAGACGAAGCCACUAAUGUAAGUCAAUCCAAGAACGAAGACAUCAACUGGACUGAUAAAAGUUGCUUGUUAAACGAGCAAUUUAUUAAAAAGUACAAUGUAAAAUUGUACAAUCAUGAGGUAGAAUCUCUCUUACACGGAAGUAAAUCGUUAAAAGUUAAAUACACUCGUUGUCGAGAUGAGAAAGGAAAAUUUGUCAAAGCCACAGAGAGAAAUAUAAGGGAAAAUAAUAAGAGAAUACAGAAAAAGGAAUUCAAGAGGAUCAUAGAUGUCGCGUCAACUGAAUCAAGCGAGGACGAAGCUUCGCCCAAAGGUAGAAGCGAAAAGAAAGAAGUUACGUUAAUUAAGUCUGACGACGACGACGAAGUGGUCGAGGUGCCGAUCGAAGGAAUCGAUUUAUCCGAUCUCGACAUCUCGAUUUUAGAAGAAAGCACGAGUAGUGCACCCCAGAGGAAUCUCGAAAAUCUCUCGCUAAACGACAAGGAAACGCUCUUCAGGCCUUACAAAGAUUACUGGAUGUAUCAUUGCAUUUUCAGUCGUGUCAAGGCAAAGAAUUUCGAGCUGUUUGUAAAAGAGUUACCCGAGAAUUUUCUGUGGCUGUUAAAAGAAUGUGCCGGUGUUGUCGAAAUGACAUCCGAAGAUCUGUACGAAGAGGUUUGUCUAGUCGAGGGUUACCACAUGAACAUUUUGAAAUCAAAAAAGUCCAAAGACGACGCAGAUUACGAAUUCUUCGAUUGUCGUACCAAGCUGUACUCGACCAAUACUUUGAAUAAAUGGUAACGUCCGGAUACAUACCAUGUAAAUAUUGUAAUUUAACGAUGAAUACGCUCUGUAAAAAAUGUAAAUAAAUCACUUUUUUACUUUUUAA